CUUGUCUUUGUAAUCUCCGUCAUCACUCAGCAUCGUUCCAAAGCUUACAAACGAGAUAGACUUGGCUACCACGUAGCCUAUUGCUUUAAGUACAGGACGAGAUGAAUGCCUUUCCGUGAGGUGUUUCAAACGAGAAAGGUUGGAUUGCAUUCACGAAUUUGUUGCGAAAACUCCCAGCACAUACCAGCUCGACAUGUCUUCUUACUUCAUCACUGGCUGUUCCCGAGGCAUCGGUUUUGCGCUAGCAAGUCUACUUGCCACCAAGCCUGAGUCGGUGGUUGGCAAGAUAUUUGCUGGCGCUCGCAAUGAGACUGACGCAUUGAAGAAGCUCACAGCAAAUUCCAACGGCCGUGUCCAGUUUGUUCCCAUCGAGGUCACGAAUGAGCAGAGUGUGAAGCAGGCUUUCGCAACGGUUAAGGAAGCCCUCGGCGGCAAGGGAUUGGACAUACUCAUCAAUAACGCUGGCAUCAUGAACUACACCAUGAACGGUAUCGAAAACAUGUCCGACCUCGCAGAAACCUAUGACAUCAACGUCGUGGGCGUCCACAACGUCACGGGCACUUUCCUGCCAUUACUUAGGACAGGAAGCCAGAAGAAAAUCAUUAAUAUUUCCACCACUCUUGGCUCUAUCGCCAUGGCCGGCUUUUUCAAACAUCAGCCUACGCCUGCCUACAAGGUAGCCAAGGCUGCUCUCAACAUGCUGACUGUGCAAUAUGCGCAUGAACUCGACUCUGAAGGCUUCACUGUCCUUGCUGUUUGCCCAGGUUGGGUGAAGACUGAUCUAGGAAGCGAAGCGGCGCACAUCUCCGUCGAACAGAGCGUCAGCGGCCUCUUUGAUGUUGUCUUCAACGCCGAUGCUAGUCAAACGGGUAGCUUUCGGGUAGUCAAGGUGCCUGGCUGGAAGAUUGAAGGGCGGGAAAUGUACGAUGGAUCGAACCGGCCCUGGUAGACAGUCUCUGUCGGACUGAAAGUCCAACUCAACUAUGAGUUAGAUAGGUCGCAGAAGCCACGCUCAUGACAAAGAUCAAUUCUCCGGCGACCAGCUGGUCACCGACGUGAUGCAUAGCCAACACAGCCAAUCGAGCUUGGUCAUUAGAAUAGCUCGAGUCAAUUGAUAUCAGUGUGAUAUAGAU